AUGAGACAACUGUGCCGAAUAAAUUGGGGGCGGCCAUUUAGACGCGUACCUGUGCGCAUCUUGAUGAACGCAUCGGGCGCCCCCAAUAUUUCUAGCGCGUCAUCGCCUCUCACGGAGCAGACUUCACCCGCUUCUUCGUUGGGUUUCACGCCUUCCUCUGCUUCUGCCUCCACGGCCCCGCUGGAGGUGGAGAAGACGGGAGUGGUGCCAUUUCUUUCAUCACUCUCGUCGGAUCUUGACGCCUUGCAGAGGCGGUGGAUGCGGUGUUUCCGCGUGUGCAUCACAAGCGCACCAACGGCGGCCAUUGAGGCGAAGUCGAUAAAUAGUGACACCUGGACGCAGGUGGCGACCGUGACAACUGCUGAACUUCCCUCUGGGCUCGCCAAGGCGGUGGAGGAGGUUUUUUCCCCUCAGGCUAAGACAGACCAGCGCAAUAUGACUCUUGUGGAUCUGCAUGAGCGACCCGAGGACCUUGCUGUGGCCCAACAGAUUUUGACAAGCCGAUUUCCGGGACUUCGGCUGCACAUUGACCAUUCCAAGGGGACCGAUCUUCAAGGAACAGUGACGCACACGGUUUCCGUUUCGCUACGCGGCCAGGGCUCCGUUGAUGGCCUCUCUUCCAAGGAGGAGCAAUUCGCCAAGGAGAAAUUUUUUGGUGAGUCCAUUGGAGCGAGUUUUGCCUGCACGGCACGGCGUGCCCUUCUUGAGGCCUUCGAGGCGGCCGGUAUUCCAACCCCUCCACGCCAUUUUGAGCGCGACCGAGGCACAAGUGAGUUGGAGAUUUACUUGAAUGUCAUUCAGAACGCUACAAACGAAACGAUUGACAUCACAUCAUCACUCGUUGAGGGUGGCCAGGUACAGUUCGUUGUAGAGACUUCCACCGGACGCCGACUUGGUGUGCUGCUGGGACGCAGGGAGGAUGCUCUGUCUAUUGCUCUUGCGUGUGUGGAGAAGGCCGCGGAGGGUACAAACAGCAUUGCAACGGAGGAGGCUCGCAAGCGCAUUGCGGACCAUCCGGUGGUAUUGGCGCUUCCUUCAAAGGGCCUGCGUCCCAAGGAGAUAUUGCACCGUUUGCUGCUCCACACCUUUGGGCUGACAAGGGAGCGAAUUCGAGUCUUGACUUCACAGAGUGACGGGGGCACAUUUGUCACCACUGUCGACGCAGAGCUGGACUGGGGUGAGGGACAAAGGUCUGAGGCCCCCGUUCUCUUCACCGUUGCUAGAGCCGCAGGGGUGAGUAAAAAGGCGGCGGAGGAGCUUGCUUGUAUCAAGGCCAUUCAACGAUGCUUUCCACGCAUCUUUGAAGACCAGCUUUCCUACCAUGCUGAGGUGCGGGAAAUUAUGAACUCCACAAAGGCGACAGACAAGGAUUCUAUUUGCCCGCACAUUUCAAAAGGACUUGUGGCGCAAUUACGCUGGGCUGCUCAAUGUCAAGAAAAGGAAGUUCUUAUUGAGGCAGUCCAACUGUUGCCAAAUUCUGAAAAUGAAUCGCUGGGGAUACUUACGACACGACCUCUCUGGGCGACGCAGCUUUUUCUAGUUGAUAAAGAAGGCACACGAGAUUUCGUGUGUCUCGCAUUAGAUCCAAAGAAAUCUGCGAGUGAGCAGAAAGCUAUUGCCGCCACACUAUACAAGUGUUUCAAAGGGGAAUGUGAAGAGGGUGUGAGAUACGCGAUAGACCGUGGUCUCAUUGAUAGCGAGGGUAAUGCCACCUCCUGUGAAGGUAUUUCCGCCUCUGAGCCGUUGCCAAAGAGCGAAUAUGAACUUGCCGCAGAGUCUGACCCCUUCAUUCAAAACUUACAAAUCGUGCCCGCACAAGUUAUUCCUGUCGUGCAUCGGCAAUCACUAUUAAGUGUGUUUCGUCGCGGGGUGCAGCUCUACGUUGAGCUGCUGAAUGAGCGAGGUGGAGGCGGUGGUGGACUGGAUGAUGCCGCUACCGGACAGUUGGUCGAGUGUACAGAGCGAAGUCCACUGGACGGCUCGUUUAGGGCGCAGCUACUCGUUCAGUACCCGGGAGACGAGGUUGACGGCGCGAAAAGGACCCUGGGAGAGGCUUCGCAUCCGAGUUCAGCUAUCAUGGCACUCUUUUUCGCGUUUAAGGGUGUGUUUGAGGAAGAAGGUGUUAUUGCAAGAGCUGCAAGGGAAGAUGCGCAGGUGGAGAGUAUUUACAAGGAUACUUGCCAACGUGCCGAGGAGUUGCCCCCAUUGCCGUAUGAACUUCCUGCACCGAAUCCGCUGGAGACGAUUGCGCAUUGUGUAAUGCUAAAGUAUGGGCUAUCGACGGAGUUGCGUAUUUCCGGUGGAGGCAAGGCGAUUCAGGUGCAAUUCUUUUGUCGAAGCCCGGCUUACCAAGACUCCGAGCACUUUGCCAGUGCACCCCAGUUUUUCUUGGGCCAUGGCCGAGGGAACUCCGUUUUGAAGGCCGUUGUGUCUUGCUGCAGACACGUUUUUAAGGCCCAUUUUUGCUGCAAGGAGGAGGCGCUUCGAAACACAAGCUUGACGCCCCUGCGUUCUGGAUCGCUGCAGAUUCCUCUGCAAGGGAAGUCAAUUCUCGCUUUACGUGUGGAGGAUGUGAUGCAGGAGCUUUUGGAGAACAAGGUGAUCUCAUCAGCAGCCUCCAUUCACGUCAAGGUGGGCAUUCAUUCCGUAUCUGGGGAAACGACGUACGACGCACAUUUGUACGUUGUGGAUGGAUCUCGGGUGGUUGAGCUGGAGCGAACACCUUCGAUGGUGGAUCCCCUGCGCUCGCUACAAAAAUUAAUCGAAAGCAUCACGCAGGAGAUGCGGGGUCCCACCUUUGAUCCUGACGCGCUGCAGCGACAGUGCAGUGGACCCUCGCGGCGAAACACGUUGGAGCAACUAUUCCAAGUCCUUUACGGACUUCCGCUCAUUGUAGAGACGUCGCUUAAGGGACAACGCUGGCAUUGCCGCCUAAGCGUACACGUUUUUGAGGACGUUUAUUACGCAAUUGCGUACUCUGCCAGUUUGAAGAAAAAGGAGGCGGUGGAAAAUGCGGCGAGGAAGGCAUUGGAGCGUUACUUUGGAGCAGCCUCGCUAGACGCGGGAUUGCAGGAAACUUCAACACCAAUAGCAUCCAUGGGCCGUGCGGAGGAGGACUAUGGAUUUGUCUUCAGAAAGUCGGGUGAAAAAGAUAUCAUCUCCGAGACACCUCCAUAA